UUGGCCGUCGAACACCUCGCCCAUCGUCGCGCGGCAUCUUCUGUUGUUUAACGUGCGACUCCGGUCGCCGCUCGGCCUCUUCUAUGGUUCUCUGGCCGCAAGCAGAGGAGACUUUCUGUUCUAGUCUCGAGUUAGCGUUCUUUGAUUUAGAGCUCAGACCGUGGCUUUCUCCACCCUUCUGAAAAUUAAAGAUUGUAUAGUUCGGGGGCAGACUAUUCCGAUAAUAAUUUCUUCCUAUGUCGGUAUUUAACCUGCAAAGUAAAAAUGCGAGGCUAGCCGUCCUAACGUUUUGGGGUUUUUUUCUUGCUGCUUGGAAUCAAGGGACUCUGAAUAUGUCUGGCAUAGCUCUUAGCAGACUUGCACAGGAGAGAAAAGCCUGGAGAAAAGAUCAUCCAUUUGGAUUUGUAGCAGUACCUACAAAAAAUCCAGAUGGCACAAUGAAUCUAAUGAACUGGGAGUGUGCUAUUCCAGGAAAGAAAGGGACACCGUGGGAAGGAGGCUUAUUUAAACUACGGAUGCUUUUCAAGGAUGACUACCCUUCUUCACCCCCAAAAUGUAAAUUUGAACCACCGUUAUUCCACCCAAACGUGUAUCCUUCAGGCACCGUGUGUCUCUCCAUCUUAGAGGAGGAUAAAGACUGGCGGCCAGCAAUCACAAUUAAACAGAUCUUGUUAGGAAUACAAGAACUUCUAAAUGAACCAAAUAUUCAAGACCCAGCUCAAGCAGAGGCUUACACAAUUUACUGCCAAAACAGAGUGGAAUAUGAAAAGAGGGUUCGAGCACAAGCCAAGAAGUUUGCACCAUCAUAAGCAUUUGUCAUGCAGCAUCUUAAAAAGGAAGGGAUUGGUUUGGCAAGAACUUGUUUACAAAACUUUUACAAAAUCUAAUGUUGCUAUGUACAAUUAAUAUCCACAUAAGGGGAGGGGGUUGUAUGUGUGCCAUUUUCCAUAUUCGCCAGUUGUAUACAGUUCUAAAUUUGCUGAAUUGCCCCCAGUUUUUUCAUACAGGGUCUCUUCCUUCAGUCUUUUGUAUUUUUGAUUGUUAUGUAAAACUUGCUUUUAUUUUAAUAUUGAUGUCAGUAUUUCAACUGCUGUAAAAUUAUAAACUUUUAUACUUCUAUAAAUUCACUAGUAUCUCUAGUUACUUUGCUAUCUGAUGCAGGCAUGCUUUAAAAUGUUAGAACUAUAUUUAGCCUCUAGCUGGCUGUAUGAAAAAAAAUCAUGCCCUCCACCCCCUUCCCUCCCUGAAUUUGUUUUUUCUAUCUUUCAGAAACUAGGUUGUUAUUGCUUAAGAGCCUCUGAGAUCCAAAGUUAGCCAGCAUCCUUAUUCUGCAUCACUUUCUUUGUGUUUAUAUGGCAUUCUGUCUGUGUUGCUGUUUAGAGUAAAUAAACUGUUUAUAUAAAGGG